AUGGAAGAAGAACCAAAUAAAACUAAUUCAACGACUUUAUCACUUGAAAUAGCUGAUAUCUAUACUUUUGUUGCUACAUUAUCUGAAGAAAUUGAAACAUUAAAAAAUCAAAAAAAUAUAUUACAAAAACAAUUAGAAGAUGUAAUUAAAAAUCCACCUCUUCAACAACCUUCUAUUCAAUUUAAUUAUUCAGAUUUUUCAAAGCAAUAUAAUGAAAGUAUAACAUCAAUUCAAAAAGAAAGAGAUAUGAUUGAAGUUGAAUGCAAAGAACUUCAAAAACAAGUAUUAGAAUUAACAAAUCAAAAUUUAACAUUCAAAGAAAAUUUUUCUAAUGAUUUAUCUUUCCUUCAAACUAAAGUUCAACAAUUAGACAUUCUGAUUCAAUCACUCAUUUUAAUACCAGAAACAUUAAUUAAAGAAGAAACAAAUUCUGAUCUAAAUGAAGUUGAAAAUAUAAAUAAAAAUAAUCAAAUUAUAAAUGAACUUAAACAAAGUAUAUCAGAUAUUGAUGUUUUGAAAACUGAAAAUCAAACACUUAGAGAGAAAAUUCAAACCUUAAUUGUUCAAAAUAAUAAAUUAAGUGAAGCUCUUGAAACUAUAAAAAAGAAACAAGAAAAUGAAAGAAAAAUGUUUAAUGAAAAAGAAAGUAUUUAUCAAUUAGAGGCACAACAAUGGAAAGAAAAUACUGAACUUGAAAAGGAAAGUAAAGUUGUAGUAAGAAAAUGUCAAAACAUUCAAGACUGCUUGAAUCUCCUAGUAAGUUCAUGGAAAAAUACUGAAAGUAUGAUUAUAAAUAAUGUUAAUAUGGAAAUAGAAAAAGAACUGAAAGAAGUUGAUAAGGUCCAAGAAAAUAAAAUUGAACAACAACAAGAUGAAAAAAAAGAAAAUGAAGAAAAAGUACUAUCACAAGGCUUAAAUGAAAAUAAACAAAACAAUGAACAAACAUCGAGUGACUCAGAAAAAAAUAAUAAAAUAGAUAAUAACGAAUUAAAUGAAGAAAGUACCUCUAUUAAAAAUGAAAAGAAAGAAGAAGUAACUUCUCAAUUAACAAACAAAAAAUCUGAUGUUAUAGAAAUUAGUGAUGAGAGUAAAGUGGUAGAUGAUAAUAAUAUGUCAGAAGAAAAUCUUGAAAAAGUAGAUUUAUUGUAA